CCGCCGGUAGCCUCGGCGGGCGGGGAAGCCGAGAGAGCUGUAGAGUUAGUAUUGCAGAAAGAGUGAGUUUCCUGUCUACCUGGCACGCCUGAUCUCGGUCGCACUCCUUGCUUCACCUCAAGUAGCCUUGAGUAGAAGCACGGAGGUGAGGCCGCCUGGAGGCGGAGCGACAGGGUGGUCUUCCCGGACCUGCUCCGGGCAGUGGGAGAGGGAAGCCGCCGUGGAGGUCCAGGAUGGCGGAACCGGCGUCCGGACGUGUGUGGACCUCACAGGGAAAACAAAUGGAAGACCUGCCUGAUGCAGCUGUUUUGGCGACUAGACUUAAAAACACUCUCAUCCAAUACCACAGCCUUGAAGAUGACAAGUGGCGAGUUGCUAAGAAAAUGAAAGAUGUAACAAUUUGGAGGAAACCUUCAGAAGAAUUUAAUGGAUAUCUCUUCAAAGCCCAAGGUGUUAUAGACGAUGUCGUCAAUAGUGUAAUAGACCAUAUACGCCCAGGUCCCUGUCGCUUGGAUUGGGACAGCUUAAUGACCUCAUUGGAUAUUUUGGAGUACUUUGAAGAGAAUUGCUGUGUGAUGCGUUAUACUACUGCUGGUCAGCUUUGGAAUAUAAUUUCCCCAAGAGAGUUUGUUGACUUCUCCUAUACUGUGGACUAUAAAGAAGGGCUUUUAUCCUGUGGUAAUUGUCUCAAAACCUUUUACUUUCUUAAAGAAGGGCUUUUAUCCUGUGGGAUAAGUCUUGACUGGAGUGAAAAGAGGUCAGAAUUUGUUCGUGGAUAUAACCAUCCCUGUGGUUGGUUUUGUGUUCCUCUUAAAGACAGUCCAAACCGGAGUCUUUUGACAGGCUAUAUUCAGACGGAUCUGCGUGGAAUGAUUCCCCAGUCUGCAGUAGAUACAGCCAUGGCAAGCACUUUAAUCAACUUCUAUGGUGAUUUACAAAAAGCCUUACAAAAGGCAUAAUAUGUUUAAACUUAUAGUAUUAUAUUCCCUGAAUCAACUCUCUCUCUUAGCUGCAUGGCCUGUAAAAAUCAUCCUUUCCUGUCUUCUGCAUAGCCUGUAGAAAAUUUUGAGAUGUUUUUGGUUUAUUUUAUUCCUAAAGUAAAUAGCUAUCUAGUGUGGGCAUUUCAGUUUUCCUAAACAGUUAUUUGCACAUUGUUUGGUAUGGUGAUAUGUCUAGGAAUGGAGAGUAUGACAGAAAUCCACCAAGAAGUAGAUAUAGUUCUUUGACACAAACUCUUAAGAAAUUGAAUAGUGCCUCAGUAUGAAUAUUUUGGCUACUUAGAAAUUAGAGAAAGCCAAGCUUCAUGCUGGUAGGUUAAAAUCACCUAUUUUAGAGCUUUAUGAACAUUCUGUAAAAGUUUAAAUUUUGGGAGGAGUUAAAUAUUAAUGCUUUACUUCUCAUAUGCUCUAUGAGUUUAACAAUAUCUUGGACUAAAGAAAAAAAGCUCUUCUCUAUACUUUAUAUAGAGUAUAUCUCUAUACUUUAUAAAGAUGAACUUCAUUGUCAGUUGACUACUUUACCUAUUGAAAAUAUCAGAAAUAAGAAAAGAAUAGGUAUCAUAGUAAAAUGCAAUUCAGUUUUGAUACCUGGAUAGUAUUAUUUUAUAGAUAUCUUUAAAAAUGUAUUCAUAUCUUUAUGGGCUUUUAUUUUGGGAGUCUUAAAAGCAUUUAUGAAUGAAUAAGACAGUGUGAAAAACUGCCAGAUAUGUGCUGGGACACCACAUUGAUUGGACAGUAUUCUGGGUUAUGUGAAAUGGGUGGUGGUAUCCAAUACUGACCAAUAGAGAAUCAUCUCUCUAGAAAGUCAAAUUCAGUGAAUGUUUUAUACAUGUUUGAGUUUUAAAUGUGUCACUCAAGUCAUAAAGUAUAACUACGUCAUAAGCAUUCACAAUUGUGAUGUAACUUCAGUCUGGAACUAGAACAAAUGCAUUCAUAGAUUUAUCUAAAUGCCUGGAUGAGUCAUUUUAUAACUAGAAUGGACUAUAAUAUGUCUCUCGAUUCUGUGGCUGCAUUAAAUGAACAUUCCUAAAUGAUUUUAACAUUCCACAUGGUCUUUGACUUUUGAACUAUCCACCUAGUUUACAUCUAAGAUGAGAACUUGAGGGAACUCAGUGUCCGUGCAAAUUUUUGUCUAUAUUUAUAUUUGUGUACAUGCACACAUCUUGAAAUCUGUUCCAGUGUUCAAUGUGAGUUAUUUAUGUGUUAUUAUUACUGUUCCCACUGUUUCAUUUUAUCUUUUUUUUUUUUUUUUUUUUGGUUAAUAUGGGGUAAAGAGAGCUCUGGAAAUAGUAUUUACUAGAUAGGCCACCAAAAGCACAAAACUGUAUAGUGGUUCAAUUGCAUGAAGGUGUGAUCUGUGUUUUACUUUCCUGUGUUUUCCUGAGUGUAAAGAAAGCAUAAGUCAUAGUUCUUCAGACCCAUUUUGCUAAAGUGGAAAAAGUAGAGCUGACUUAUUUUUAUUGUUUUGGUAUGGAGAUGAUGUUCAAAAAAAGCAAAAGGUGGCAGCACCAUAAUAUCCAUAGUGAAUAAUCUCACAAAUUUUAGAUUGAAAAUAGUUUGUUUCAAGGUCUGAUAGAAGCAAUGCACAAACGAUCCUAUGCUCUUAACUUGAAAUUUAUUAAUCACCAAUAUGUUUUUCCAAAUUGACUAUAAUUUUUGAGCUGCUGGAUUUCUCUGCUACUUUUUUUUUUCUUGCAAUAGGGAAAGAGAAAUGAGCAGUUUAGCUUUCAGUUUCGCAUGGAAAUUGUUAAAUGUUAAUUUUGACUCAAUCUAUUGUCUUUUAUUUGGUUUUAUUAGUGUAGAGCAGGAGGUUUCUUACAUUCCAGUAUUCAGUCUAGCAUGACAAAAUACCAGCAGACGUCCAAUUAUAGGGUGCCCAGAUUGGGUAAGUUUGCAACAAGAUGUACAUUAUUAUAAGGGCUAUUAUCGCCUGAGCUGGGUGCCACUAGUAAACUGUCCACUUUCAGCUACUCUGUGUUCCCUUUGUUUUUUUGUAACUUAUACCUCCAACUAGUGAUGACAUAAUCCACUGUUGAAUGAGGACCCAUUGCAGGUAACAAGACGCUCAUGGAAAAAUUUUCAUUGCAAUGUUGAGCCGUAUGAUGGAUUGAAGAAUUAUAUUUGAAUUACCUGAAAUGUAUAUGCAGCUUCUAGAUGGCACUUUAAAUCUGCUGGGCUCUAGCUGUGUACUUUAAAAAAAAAAAACAAACAGCUUUAUUGAGGUAUAAUUUCCAAUGCUAUACAAUUUACCUGUUAUAAGUAUACAAUCCGUUGAUUUUUGAAUACACUUAUAGUUGUGCAGCCAUCACAACAGUCCAAUUUUAGAAUAGUUCUAUCACCCAAAAGAUCCCUUUUGCAUGUUUGCGGAAUCAUACAUAACCAAAGUUUAGCACAGUUGCUAGUAUACAGAAGAUGAUGGAAAAGAUUAGAGCACGUUUUGUUUGGUUUUGUUUUCAAGAGUAGAGGUGUAUUUGAUUCUAAGCUCAGGAAUCUUGUGAUAAUGUAUUACAUAUCUUAUGUCAAAUAUCAUAAUGAUAUGAAAUUUAACAAUGUGGAUUGGGAUUAAUAUUAACAUGUAAUAGAGUCUGCUGUUUCUAUAGCAGUGCUGUAGAAUAGAAAAAUAAUGUGAGCCAUAUAUGUAAUUUAAAAUUUUCUAGCAGCCGCAUUAAAAAAAUUAAAAGAAACAGCUGAAGUUAAUUUUAAUAAUACAGUACAUUUCACUCAAUAUAUCCAAAAUAUUAUCAUUUCAACAGGUAAUCACUGUAAAAAUCUUUAAGAUAGCUUACAUUCUUCUUUUAUACUGAUUUUUUGAUUUCUGAUGUAUAUUUUACUAAUUUGGGCUAGCCACAUUUCAAGUUAAUUUUAAUAACUUUUAAUAACACACAGUUCUAUAUUAAUCUGUAUAUUAAUUUGUCUUUCUAUAAUAUGAAGUAGAGAAUUUCAUAGAAUCACUCUCUUAAAUACAAAAUCUUUUCUGUUCUCUGAAGCCUUCAGUGCUUGCUAAACGUGGACUCCUUAACAUUAGAAAUAAAUCAGUUGUAAUUGUCAGUAAAAUAAAAAUUACAGCCCCAAAAGAUUUUCCUUUGAAGAUAAUUAACUUUUCAUAGGGCAGUUGAUGAAAUGAAAGAAUAUAAUCUGCCGUGUAGUUAUGUGGUUGAUUAUUUUCUCUGGCUUAUAGCUAGUUUGUAUUAGAAACACGUGUAUGCAGGAAACACUUGGCAUGGUACUGUUUUCAGUCCAUGAUACCUAUUUUUUUAAGGAAAUUAGUUUCAUACAAGAAAAAAACAAUUUAUCAUAAGUGAUACUUCUGCAUGAAAUAUUAGCUUGUAUUGAUAAUCCUUGAUUAAUCCUUGAAGUUUAACACAAUACGCAGCAAAAAUAAUUAUGAGAAUUUAGUGUUCUGCAGUUAUGUAUAGUAUAAACUGCUAGAGUAUUAAAGACAGAUUGUUAAUGUUAAAAAUCUCUUCAUUUCACUGUUCAUUGAGGCUGGAUAUAUUUGAAACUGUAGAUUUCUAUAUGUAAAAUUAUCUCCCAAUAAAAAAGUCCUUUCUUACUCUCCUCCCUCUUUCUUUCCUAACUGAAGGACAUUUUAUCAACACUCAAGUUGAAUUAAAUUAACCUCUUAAGCUAAAAACUCUGUAAUGGAGGUUGCCUCUGGAGAAGAUAGGAAAACAUUGCCCAAUUUAAACUCCUAAUGUCUAUUGAGCUUUUAGGUAUGAGUAAUUCCCUUUGAUGUGGAUAAAAGCUUUACCUGUUUAUUUAAGAGCACGCUAGCAUCCUUAGAAUCAGUUGUUAAAAUCCAGUUUCUUUUAAUUAAGUGGAUACUGUAGCUAUCCCAAACCUAUGCAUAAAUUAACAGAACCCAGAAAAGCUAGGGGACUUGACCAGGUGUCCAUUAGACCCUGUGCUGUAUAAUUACUUGUCCAGUCUAUCUCCCAUGCCUUUCUUAUUCAAAUUCCAGAAGUAGGGGAUGGUGGGAUCUGAGCUUAGGAGAAACAUUAGCUUAAUCCCAGAGCACAGGAAAUUGGAAUUAUAAUUUCUGUAUUAUUUUGUUGUUUCCAAAGAUUUACAUGUAUGGUUAAAUAAAAAUUCAUCUCUUGCAAUUCAAUAAGAGCUAUACUAUAUAUAGAUUUCAUUUUUAAGAAGUUUAUAUUUCUUUUAUGGGCCAAUGUGUAAAGCUGGAACCUUCAUUAAACUAAUGAGAGCAUACAUUAAUAUAAUAAAAUGUGUAUUUAUUUAAAAAUUUCUAUGAAAUAUAUCAGAAUAAAAUUUCUAGACGCUUGUGUAUUGACCAUUUAUACUAAGUUGCUUUAACCUUAUCUGAAUUUAAAGUAUGUAGUUUAGCUUCCUGAACUCUUAUAAAAGAAAAAUAUAAACUGGAAAAUUAAGAUUAACAAUGCAUAUGCUAAUCCCCUGCCAAUGUCUCAUAUAAUAUUAGCCACAAUACUGCUGAAUUUUGAUUUGCUAUUAUAUAGCAAGGAUGAUGACAUAUUCUGCUCUUACCACUGUAACAUAUAGGUAAGGUUCAUUGUAUACAUUUUUAAAUAAUUGUACUAACUUGAUUAGCAAUUGUAGUGAUGAUUUCCUUUGGAGUUGAAAAAAGGUGGAAGUGAUUACAAAGGAACUGUUGAUCUAUAUUAUAAGAAAGCAGUUAUGGAUGCUGUGGGAAAUAUGCAGUAGGAAAUAUGACUAUUAAGUGGUUUAAACAAAUAUAGAGUAGGGAAUUCCCUGGCGGUCCAGUGUUUAGGACUGAUUGAACCUGCUGAGGGUUCAAUCCCUGGUCGGGGCACUAAGAUCCCAUAAGCUGUGCGGUGUGGCCAAAAAAACAAACAAACAAAAAACCAAAAACAAAAAAACACACAAAAACCAAACCAAAUAGGGAGUUAUUUUCCUCAUUUAAUAAAAAAUCUGGAUGUCGGUAAUUAUUAGUAUUAGCAUGUCAGGGCCAGUGUUUCUUCAGUUCUCAUCUUUCCCUCAGAUAUGAUAAGGUGACCAGCUAGCCCUGGAAAUUACAUGUGCAUUCAAGUAAAGAAGAAGCAGGGGAAGGCAUGGCACUACUCAUCCGUCUCUUUUAUCAGGAAAGUAAAAGCUUUUCCAGAGCCUCCAAUAGCUUUUCUUUCUAGUAGUCUGGGUCACGUGACUACCACUAGCUGGGAAGGCAAGUAUUUCCAGCCUCUUGGAGAAAGGGUUGGUAAUGACUCUGGCGAGCCAAUCAUAGCAUCUCUCAGUGGGUCACCUCUGGAAAGUGUGUAUAGAGCUCCUUUAAAUGUCAAUAGGAAAAUGAUAGACUCACAAAACAGAAAUGAAAAUAGCAAAGUAGUCCUUCACUCCUCCAUGAAACAUUGAUUGGGCCCCUUCCGUACGGCAGAUUCUACAUAGCUGUCCGUCAUUGAGGUAAUGAGGUGAUGGAAGGUUGUUAAUUAAUGGUUGGUGUCACAUGGCAUCCGAUGUGAAUGACUUAUGUCUAUAGUACACCAUUUCUCCUCCUCUGGAGUAAAGGGUCCACUAUGGAUGAAGACUUCUAGACCAGGAGAUGACAGAAAAUUGCUGGAAAAUAUCAAAUGCAAAUGUAUCCCAGGAGAUAGAGGGUGGAUCCAUGUUACUUGUGUUAGCUGUACAGGUGAUUAGUGGGGUGUAGUAUUCUGCCAAUAAAAAUUAUGGAGGAAGCAUAGUGUACAAAUACCAAAACUGGCUUUUUACUCAUUAUUUGGAUGGUACUGUUCUUUUUCAGGAGCUUUACCUUCCUUCUUAGGUUUUGCUUUAGUGACAUUCCUUAAGUACAAGCAGCUGGUUUUUUAUUAAAGGAAGUAGUCCAGAGAUUGUGCAAAACCAGGUUGAAAUAAAAAGAUGUUUCAUCUAGUCAAAAAUGGACUUGCGGAUGGGAGAGGUUUUUGUUUUCCUCUAGCAUUUCCCUCAAUUCAGAAGUCAUUGUUUAGGUGAGGAUUUUGGACCUAGUAGUAGUUAGUAGCAAGCUGCAAUUCUGAGAGUGAACCUCACUGACAUAUUAUGCCUUCCCCCCAAUAUUUCACAGAAAUGUUUGCUAACUGGUUGGGUGGCCAAGCUCAAGAAAGACUUUUAGUUCUUUUUACAACUAUUGUUGCUAACAAUCAGCUUCUUAGGAGGGAACAUAAAGGUCUUUCCCUUUCAUUCUCAGGUCCUGCAGGUUUGAAAGUAUCAUAAUGAAGGGACCACUGAAUAUCAUUUGGCCCGACAAUUCCACAUUAGGAUUAUUUCCUUAGGAUAGAUUUCUCCAAACUCAGAAAAAAGCUUUAUGUAGUGUUAACUGAGAAAAGAAAAAGAAUUGAGAAUGGAUUAUUAUGCAGCUAUCAAAAUUGUUUCUGAAGAUUAUACAAAAAAUGCCUGCUGUAGUGGUAGGUUGACAUAAAAAAGUUACAAUAUGAUUAAAGUCUGUAAGAAAAAAAUAAACUAGUGCAAGAUUUUAAAAAAGACAAUGCUUGUCUUUGGAAGGCGUUCUUAUGGUAAUCUACUUUUCUGCAUUUUCAUAUUUUUAUAAUGAAAAUCAAUUUUUAUAUGAAUCGCUGGAUUGACUUUGUAUCCAGUGAAUUGACUUCUCAGUCGUGAGAGCACUGGACUAGGAGAUGGGCAACCCAGAUCUCUUCUCAGCCACUAACUGCGAUCUUAGAUAAGUCAUUACCUCUCUGGGUGUUACUUCUCUUUAAUAAGAUGAGCUUGUUGGGUUAAAUGAUUACUAAGAUCCCCUUUUAACUUUAUGAUUUUAUGACAUCACUGUAUAAUAUUAAAAAUGCUGUGAAACUCAAA